AUGGUCGUCAUCAACCUAGGCUACACCGCCCCGGUCAACCCGCCGGGCGCCUCCCCCGUCCUCACCCCCUCCCAAGUCUGGACCGGCCUGCAGUACAAAGUCCGCCGACCCGAGCGCUUCGUACCGCUCAUCACAGGCUGCACCGUCGUUUCCGAAACCUCCUCCGACAUGAAAAACACCGACGGCGCGGCAGCCACUAUCACGCGCCUGGUCAUCUUCAAGCCCGGCAGCGGACCCGGCAACGGAGAGCCCGUCAGGGAGGUGUGCAAGUUGUAUCCGCCGUGCCGGAUUGAUUUCCUGCAGGAUGACGGGACCACGAUCGGGAACUAUGUCACGUUUGGGGAACAUGAGGAGGUGAUGAUGACGUAUGUGUUUCAGUGGAGGGCGGAUGCGGUCGAGGAGGGGAGUGAGGAGCAUAGGCGGUUGGAGGACAAGUAUCGGCAGAUUGCCAAGGUUGCUGUUGAGGGCAGCAUUCAGACUAUUAGGAAGAUUUUUGGCGGGGAGAUGAAGAUGGAUUGA